UUAUAUUACUAUGUUUAGUGGGCCUAAGAAAGAGGUCCCUGAUUGGUAGAAAACAUGUUUGGAGUAGAAAUGAAAAAGCAGAAAAAAGUGGUUAAAGUGGUCACUGAACUUGGGGCGGGUAUCUCUUUUGAAAACAUAACAUAGCAUGGCAUAAAAAAAAACAGUAACAAACCCACGUUCCUAUUUAACAACCAAACCGGUUUUGGUCUCUUUCUUCUCUUAAAGUUCACAAACCUUAAAUAAGUCAAGAAUUCCAACAUAAAAAUAGAAACCAAACAAUGAAGUGGGGUGGAAGAAAAACCUCUUCAGCUUCUUCUUCUUCUUCUUCUAAGCCUUCCUUUAUCUCUCAUGUUUCUCCUUUUACAUGGCUGUCAAAGUUCAAGCAGAUGAAAAUCAACUCAGACUCGGAGACGAAACCUGAAAAGCCGAAGCUGAACACCCCAUCUGAUAAUAGUUCAUCGCAAUUUCCUCAUGGGAAUAGAGGCAGGUUUCAUCGAGGUGACGAUGAUGCUUUCUGGAGAUUGUCAUUUGGUGAAGAGGUUGCUAAUGAGCAAAGGAAGAAAAGUGAAGAUAUUAUGAAGCCAAUUUUGCAUAAUUUGGAGGCUAAAAGAAAUGGAAGAAGAAGAAGAAGACAAGAUAGAAAUUUGAUGAAUGAAACAAAGAGUGCAAAGGAAGUUGAAUACUUAAACAAGAGAUAUGAGAAAAAAGCAGAGAGAGUUUUACAAGAUCAGCUCUUGAAAUUACAGAAUGCAGAAGAGGAAGAACAAUUUGCAUCAAGUAAAUUCAAAUCCUUAGAAAAGGACGAGCUUCGAUUCGAAUCACCAAGAGCCCAUUUCUUUUCCUCUUAUGUAGAUGCAGAAAGUUCUAACCUUGGCCUUGGAAGUAUCAGAGUAAACGGCGUGAAACAAUGUGACGGGUUUAAAGCAAAGGGUAACAAAAAGAGGGAAUCAGUUCAUGUGAGCAGAGAGCUUCAGAGGAGGAAACAAAAGCACAGCUCCAAGGUAAGAGUUCAUUCUCCAAAGAUGGCUACAAAAGUUGAAAUCUGCAAAAUAAAGGCAAUACAAGAUAAAAAGAAAGCAAAACUAAAGAUGAAGGAAGAAGAAGAAAUUGUCGAGGAAACGGAACAAGGUUUAGAUAGCUUUGCUGUGGUGAAGUGUUCUUUGGAUCCACAACAAGAUUUCAGAGAUUCAAUGAUUGAGAUGAUCAAAGAGAAACAGAUAAGUCAGCCAGAAGAAAUGGAAGAGUUAUUAGCAUGUUAUUUGAGUUUGAAUUCCAAUGAAUAUCAUGAUGUAAUUAUCAAAGUGUUUAGGCAGGUAUGGUUAUGUAUGAGCCAAUCUAGUCUGUGUACUAAAUCAGACAAGCAAUGUUGUUACUAUGAUUAACAAAUAACAACAUUUUGCUAAGAAUUGUAAAUGGUUAAUCUUGUUUUACUUAUUAUAAUUCAAUUUCACU